AUAAUAUUAUAAGUAUUCAAAGAGAAGAGCGUAAAGAAUGAUUUGUUGUGUAAGUUUGUUGCCAUGGUUAAAUUGAUCGUCGCGCGUGCGUACGUUUAUUACACUCUACAAUAUUACAAGCAAAGUUGUAUCAGCCUUCCUAAUUACAAAACUAAGAAUUUUCAUCAAAACCUUGGAAAAUUUGCUUAUUUAGAUUGAAAUAUUAAAAUCUUUCUGAUCUGAAAAUAUUAAAAUUUGUUCAAGCAUCUAGAUAUUAUUCAGUGUACUGAAUGGAAUAAUAAAUAAAACUGUGUAAAAGUAGACUUCGAAAAAUGUCUAUUUCAUAUUAAUAUUUCACAAGAUAUAACAGAAAAUUACAUUUUAGUCCAGAAUGACUCUACCACUGUCAAGGACAGACUAUGCAGCCGUAGGUGUCACAUCUAAGGGAACCACCAAGGUCUUCCCUGCCACAGAACACAGGCAAACUCAAAAAUUUGCUGUUGCUGACCAUGAUGGCGUACUUCAUGUCUAUGGUAUAAAGAAAGGAGAGCUACAAGUUUCAUUUAAGUCCUUACCAGGACCAAGGAUUAACAAAUUAGUUCUUGGGGGUACUGGACAUGAUAAAAUUUACAUUGCACAAGGAAACACAGUGAAGGGGUACACCAAGAAAGGAAAAUUGUUCUUGGAAUUUGAUACAAACCUUAUAGAUCCUAUUUCAGCACUAUAUGUGCUGGGUCCAAAUUUAGCAGCAUGUGCAAGAGAUCUUUACCAUAGAUACCACGAUUGCAAAGAUGCUGAUUCCUAUUUAGCUGGUGAAACUUUAUAUGACAUUGUCCUCCUACCUACUGAUGGCAAUUUUAUGUUUGCUAUACUAGCUUGUGGAGAUUGUGCUAUACGAGUCCUUCAUGGCACCAAAACCCCAGCAAUCCUCAGACUUCCAAGUGUGCCCACAGUAUUAUCUCUCUAUAGGGAAGGCGACCUUGAAUCUAAAGAACGUGUUCUGGUUGGAACUAUAGAUGGCAAAGUGGGUUUGCUGAUCCUUCACGGUAACAAAACACUGAGGAUCACUUGGCUUUUGAAUAUGACAGGCUCAGAAGUCACUUCUUUAGAUACUUAUGAACUACAGGAUGGUCUAGAUAUACUUAUUGGCAGACAGGACGGUACCGUUGAAGUAUAUACUUUUCCUGAAGAAGAUACUUUGCCAUCUCUGCGCUAUCGUUAUAAUGCCAAGGAAAGCAUCAGUUCAGUGGUAGGAGGAAUAAUUGGUGCAGCAGGAUAUCCUGAAGUGUUAGUCACCACAUAUUCAGGACGAAUAUUUGGCUUGACUACUAAGCCUCCUGGUCUACUAGAAGCUGACCAGAAUGAUGGUUUAACCAAGUUAAAGGCAGAGAUAGAGCAAUUACAGGAAAAGCUUAAGGAGGAAAAAGAAGCAGCUAGUUUUUCAGUUGAUCCUUUAGCACCAUUGAUUCUAUCUUUAAAUCAUAGAAUGAUUUUAAACAGAGAAGAUGCAUCAUAUUCCCUUUCCAUAGAACUUGAUACACCUAUUGAUAACAUUUUGAUACAAUCAGAUACUCCAAUUGAAUUAUUGGAUGUGGAAAGUAACAGUGCAGUAAUUAGUCUGUCUACUUGUAAUCCUAGGGAAGGCAAUUUUGUUCUUGCUACCUAUCGUUGUCAAGUAAAUACCAAUCAUCUUGAAAUGAGGCUAAGGACAAUAGAAGGACAGCCUGGUACUUUACAGAUUUACGUCACUUCACAAGUACAACCAAAAUGUUGUCGCAAAAUAUCAAUACCCAUAUCUGCUCUUUCUCUUCAUGUAAGACAACAUGAAGCCGAUAACUCAGAAACUCACGUUGAAGGACCCUUUAAUGAACUGAAAUUAAUUGGAGGUUUUACUGUUGCAGAGAUGCAUGCAUGGCUUUCUUUCGCGUUAUCAGAUGUGCCCGAGAGACCUCAUUUGGAGGAAGGAGAAGCUACUUUGACAUAUAUCUCAUCUUUCAUUGGAACCCUCCUAAAAUGCAAAUACAAAAAAGGAAGUGCAAUUUUUCUAGGAGAGAAUAUAUCAAGCAUCAUAAUUCUCAGAGACAUAUUGACCAGAGAGGCAACAAAAAGAAAAAUCAAAUUAGAUGUCUUCUGUGGUAUAUUAUAUAUCCAUCACAAUAUGAAUUACUAUUUCCUUUUUAAGAUUUCUUCUCUUACUCCAUAUUUCUGCACAGAUGUUUCUGAUGGUAGUAUAUCCAGAGUAUUGGAAUUAAUUUUUCCACAAUUAAAUGCUGCUCAUGACCUAAUUACAAAAGUAAAGAUUUUGAAUGCUCUGGAGGAAUGGGAGUUGAAGGAAAAUCCUAAAGAAAAUUUGUGCUCAGAGUAUCAGAAAUUGAUACAGAAGGAAUCAGAGAUCAAAUCCCAAAUGGCAAAGGACAAUGAUAUAUUGGAGAGGCUACACGCAGUAAUUACAGAUCUCUAUGUUGAUUGGGAAAGAGCGAAACGUUCUCGUAGAAUCGGUAGCAAAGACGUUGCGGAGAAGCUCAGCGCAGCCCUCAAGUCUAGAGAAUUAGUUCAAGUUUUACAAGCUUUUAUCGACACAAGUAACACAGUACCUCCAUCAUCCUCGUAUAAAGACUGAGCUACAAACAC